CCCUUUUUUUUUUUUUUUCCUUUUUCUCCCCCACCAUUUCGAAAAAUCAAUCGCGAGGUUACCACCAACCAACGGAAUGGCGCAGCACACCGCCGCGGCGGCGGGCGGGGACGAGGAGGUGGCGGAGGCGGCGGCAGCGGCGGUGGGGGGUGCCACGCUCCGGCACCGCCACGCGGGGAAGGGCGCGGAGGAGGAGCACGGGGCGGAGGGCGGGGUGGGGCGCAAUGCUGCAGGCGCCGACGACCCCGACGCGACGUCGGUGGAGCGGGUGUUCGCGGACAAGGCGGUGCCGUCGUGGAGGGAGCAGCUGACGCUGCGGGCGUUCGUGGUCAGCGCGCUCCUCUCCGUCAUGUUCAGCGUGAUCGUGAUGAAGCUGAACCUCACCACGGGGAUCAUCCCCUCGCUCAACGUCUCCGCGGGGCUGCUCGGCUUCUUCUUCGUCCGCCUCUGGACCUCCGCCGUCGAGCGGAUGGGCCUGCUCAGGCAGCCCUUCACGCGCCAGGAGAACACCGUCAUCCAGACCUGCGUCGUCUCCGCCUACGGCAUCGCCUUCAGCGGUGGGUUUGGCAGUUAUCUAUUUGGAAUGAGUGAGACAAUAGCUAAGCAAGCAACAGAGGCUAAAGAUGCUCAGAAUAUCAAGGAUCCUCACCUUGGAUGGAUGAUAGGAUUUCUUUUCCUUGUCAGUUUUAUUGGGCUAUUGGCACUUGUGCCCCUAAGAAAAAUUAUGAUUGUUGAUUACAAGCUGACAUAUCCAAGUGGCACAGCAACUGCUUAUCUCAUCAAUGGUUUUCACACACCAGAGGGUGCCAAGCUAGCAAAGAAACAAGUAAAGACAUUGGGCAAGUACUUUUUGUUUAGCUUCUUCUGGGGCUUUUUCCAGUGGUUCUUCACUGCUGGGGACGACUGCGGAUUCAAGAACUUCCCAACGUUAGGCCUUGAAGCUUAUAAAAACAGGUUUUUCUUUGAUUUCUCUCCUACCUAUGUUGGAGUUGGCAUGAUCUGUCCAUAUAUUGUGAAUGUGUCAGUUCUGCUAGGUGGUAUCCUCUCAUGGGGUGUGAUGUGGCCUCUCAUUGCCAAGAAAAAAGGGAGUUGGUACCCUGCUGAUAUCCCAGACUCCAGUCUCCAUGGGCUUCAGGCUUACAGGGUUUUCAUAUCCAUUGCUUUGAUCCUUGGGGAUGGUUUAUACAACUUCCUCAAGGUGCUUAUCCGCACAAUUGCAGGCUUCAUAUCAAUGGUUCAGAACAAUUCAAAAGGCAUGCUUCCUGUUUCAGACAAUGGCAUGUCCAUCUCCACCACCGAAGCGGUAUCCUUUGACGAUGAACGUCGCACUGAAAUCUUCCUGAAAGAUCAAAUUCCAAAGUCAGUUGCAUAUGGAGGCUAUGUCGUAGUUGCUGCUCUAUCGAUCGGUACCCUCCCUGAAAUCUUCCCACAGCUCAAGUGGUACUACAUUUUGGUUGCCUAUGUCGUUGCACCUGUGCUGGCCUUCUGCAAUGCCUAUGGGAGUGGUCUCACUGAUUGGUCUCUUGCAUCGACCUAUGGCAAGCUUGCUAUCUUCGUGUUCGGCGCGUGGGCAGGCCUUUCUCAUGGCGGUGUGCUCGUAGGACUUGCUGCCUGUGGUGUCAUGAUGAGCAUCGUGUCCACUGCUUCUGACCUGAUGCAAGACUUCAAGACUGGAUACUUGACUCUGGCAUCACCGAGGUCCAUGUUUAUCAGUCAGGUGAUCGGCACUGGUAUGGGCUGUGUCAUUGCUCCCUGCGUCUUCUGGCUCUUCUACAAGGCUUUCAGCAAUAUUGGUACAAGCGGCACCGAGUACCCAGCGCCUUAUGCCAUCGUGUACCGCAACAUGGCCAUCCUGGGUGUCGAUGGCUUCGACUCGCUUCCGGAGAACUGCUUGACUCUCUGCUACAUCUUCUUCGCCGCGGCGAUCGCCAUCAACCUGAUCAGAGACUUGGCGCCGCACAAGGUUUCGAGGUUCAUCCCUCUCCCUAUGGCGAUGGCAAUUCCUUUCUACAUAGGAUCGUACUUCGCGAUCGAUAUGUUCCUGGGCAGCCUGAUACUCUUUGUGUGGGAGAAGCUGAACAAGACAAAGGCAGAUGCGUUCGGACCUGCGGUUGCGUCAGGGUUGAUCUGCGGUGAUGGGAUCUGGACACUGCCCCAGUCCAUUCUUGCGCUUGCCAAGGUGAAGCCUCCCAUUUGCAUGAAAUUUUUGUCUAGGGCAGCCAAUGCCAAAGUGGAUAGCUUCCUUGCAGGCUAGUCGUGGCACUGUGGUCAAUUGUGAUCCUGAGGGGAACAUCCUGUAAUUACUUCCUCCAAACGUAUUUCCAGAUCACCUGUUUUGUAGAUAAGCCAAAAACUCGGUUUCCUCCUCGUAGGAAAGAAGCAUCCCCAAAUCCAAAUGUAAAAACGAGAAAAACAGCUGCAACCAAGAAGAGUUUUAUCA